UAACUUCCUUAAGAUUCUGCCAAGUGCUGUCUCCAGCUCUGAGCAUCUCUUUCCUCUUUCUUUGAUAGCAUCUGGGAGGAAGGAGUCUUGCUCCUUGAGGGAGAAGGGGUCUCCUUCUGAUUCCGCACGUGGAUUCCAUGAAGUUGUUGGAGGCUCCCAUUAAAGCUACACUCCUAGCCAGUGAGGAUCACUUCACUUCUUUAUGUUCUUUACAUCAGUAAAAUGAAUGGUGAUCUCUAACCCAGUCUGGAAUCUGACCAGAGCAAUCCUGUAUUGUUUGUUUUGAAUUCCACACAGGUAACAGAAUGAAUCCGGACCUCUCUCACUGCUACUGCAUCAGGGACUUCCUUGUUUUCUUUGUUCAGUGCUUACAAAAUGUAUUUGCAAAAAUUUAAACAAAUUAUUUGAAAUUCUAAGUUUAGGUUCAUCUUUGUUUAAUAACACAGACAUUUCUUAAUAAAGUGGGGUUUAUGCUAGCCACUUCGCCCUUCUCCUUUCUUCUGCCAUCGUGCACACUAUGCCUGAUUCAGCAUCUCACAAGACUUUCGGAAUCAAGCAAUUCCUGGCCAAGAAACAAAAGCAAAAUCAUCCUGUUCCUCAGUGGAUUUGGAUAAAAACUGGUAAUAAAAUCAGGUAUAAUUCUAAGAGAAGACACUGGAGGAGAACGAAGCUGGGUCUAUAA